AUGUCGUGUGAUGUGUCUGUAGAAGGAAAAGCAUUAGCACCUCUUUUUUCAGACUUACAACGUCGAAACGAGACAAGGCAUAUUAAUCACACCCAAGAUGUGUAUUAUUGUGUGAUGACAUCCAAUCGACGCUCAGACACGCCAGCAGUCUCAACAGAGUGUCCCUAUCGGCACCAUAAGGACUUUUACAGGGACCAAGGAGCGAGCAGUCCGGUUCGCGAACUGUUACAGCGUCGCCCGUCAGAGGAGUACGAAAAGGGAUUUUUGUACGGAAUGUUUGGACAAUACAUUUUAGUGUCCGAAACUGCGGAAAGUUUCAAAUUAAUUGUAAGAAACUUUAAUCACAAAGUGAGUGUGAAAUGUCACACUCAAAAGUUGGGGCUCUGGGACCCCCCAUUCACCCCGUGGCUUCUCCAAAAAUGCGGAAAGUUUCAAAUUAAAUGUAAGAACUUAAAUCAAAAGGACCCAACUUUCCUUCCCCAACAUUCACAGGGAACUCAGACGCCAGGCAGCUCAAGUUAUCCAGGGGACUACUGGCCUUCUACGGACCCAAGGAACAAGCAGUCCUUCCCGGAUCCUGCAGCGUCGCCAUCAGAGGAAGACGAAAAGGGUUUUGUACAGACGCACCAGGAGUCGAAAAUUCUCGAAGAAAACGCGGUGACGAAGCAACAAGAGGGAUUCGAACCGAGGACCGCGUGUCUCCCCGACUCGAAGGACAAGGAGGAGAGCAACUUCGACAGUCCUGGAGGAAGGGUUUCCAAAUCAGAGAUUUCCUCCCCGUCGCAUCAACACUAUGGUGCCGACCGAGAUAACAUAUCAGCAGAAAAGCGAAAUCCGAGCAUGCCUUUCCCUGCUUCACCAAGUGCCGAAGAACAUCAAUUCAAGUCACACGAGCAUCCGCAGGCCACAGAUCCCCAGCCAAGCCGCGCACCAACCAAGCUUGCUCUCGAGGCGUCCAAGAGGAAGAGUGAUGGGGAGACUUAUCAGGAGACACUACACAAGAAGGCCAGAAAGUCCUCGGGUCUACCUAAUUUGGGGAACACGUGCUAUAUGAAUAGUGUUCUGCAGUGCUUAUAUCACACGACAGAACUCACUGAAUUCUUACUUUCCGAAGACGGCCGUAGCAACACCAAUGCAGGUCCUGUCACAAAGGCUUUUACCGAACUACUGAAACGGAUGAUGAACAACGCAAAUCCAAAAUUUGAAUUACGUGAAUUAAAGCGGGUGGUCGGAGAGCGUGACCCCGAGUUCGCUGGUUCAAGGCAGCGGGAGGCCCACGAUUUCCUGGCGAUGAUGCAGACUUGGCUUAGCAAGGAGCUCGAGGAGGACACCGAAGAUUUGAAAAUCAAGGAUAUAACGAUUCCCAAUCUUCGUCCUUCGUUUCCAGUCGAGUUGUUCAACGGCAUUCACUGUUCAACGUUCAUAUGUGAGAGGAAGAACAGGGUGUUCCUCAGAAAAUAUGAACCUUUCAGUAACCUGACUUUAGCUGUGACUAGUAUGAGCAGUAACAUGGAGGACGUCUUGAAGAGGUAUUACGAGAGCCAGAUGAUUACGUGGACUUGUAAAUUAUGCCAAGAGGACCACGAGUGUCGCCAUGACACUAGGAUAUAUCGCCUGCCGCGUGUGCUGAUAGUGCACUUUAGUAGAUAUAACUUGUCCGCCAUUGGUACGUCGAGGAAGGCUGUAGUGUACUGUCCCCCCGUCCUUAAAUUGGAUUCUUAUCUGCACUCUGACGUUAAGAGAGGACAGGAGUACGAGCUGUAUGCUUCCUGCACCCACCAAGGCAGGAUGACUGGCGGCCACUACAUAGCCCACCACAUGGACCCAUCUGGCAAGUGGACCCUUUUCGACGACUCUUAUGUUAAGCAUGAUGUUGAGGCCAACAUCGAUAAAGCCCACAUUCUGUUUUACCGCGCCAGACGAAUGGACUUGGUGACGCAUCUUAGCGAGCUCGGUCCUCAGUCGUAAUGUUUUGGUCGGGUUGCAUGCUUCGUCGCCCGCUUGGGAAGGAAAAUACUCUCCCUGGCACUCGAUUUUGAAGUUCUGGCGAGGAUAAAAGACUCCUGAAGGAAAUUGCUUCGUUCGUCUCUCCUGGGAAGGAAAAUACUCCCUGGCACUCCGAUUUGAAGGUUCUGGCGA